GUGUUUCUCGGCUACAUUAAUCGAUAAAUCUACUGAGUCAAAUUCUGAUACUCUUAUGCGAAUCGAUGAAUCUUCCCCUUUCAACAAAACAUCCGAUGGAGAUCUGCACACUAUAUAUGUCUAAGGUCUCGAGCCAAGCUGACAUUCAAGCGCCGUCUCAUGGCCAUCUAACUAAUUUCUUAAGGUCAAACCCAUUGUGUUUAUCGCUGCCAUUUAUCGGGCGAGUUCAUCUCGAGGAUUCUCUGAACAUUGCAACGCAUUCCCUUGUUGAUAUGGAAGAGCUGAGGCAAGACUCGUAAAGGAAGCACGACUGGCGGAGGAGGCUAGAGUUACAGAGGAGACAGCCUAAAUAGCAAAAGAGGAGGCUAAUUAAAACAGCUUAAGAGGCUGAGUCUGGGAACUUUGGUAUCCAUGUUCAAGAAGAAUUACGAUCAUGUACCAAAAGAUACAUACUUUGGAAUGUACAAAGAAUCAACCCGUGGCAACCCAAACUACUUUCUGACAUAUGGAAAUGAGAAAUCAGCUGCUCAAAUCCAAGAUCAUUUCCGUCCUAAUGGUGCACACAGAUGGCACAAUUAUAUGAAAACCCCAAAGUACAGUAAUUUUGUAUUGAAAAGAGCACUUCUUUUUUAUUUUAUUGAUUAUAGUAAUCAUUUUUCUCGCAAUUCCUUUUAGUGAGAUCAAACUGGAAGAGGCUGCUGUUCUACACUACAUAUAUGCCAAAUUUUCGGACUUAACGUCAAGACAUGAUCGGUGUGGCUGCAAGCCUACAAGAGGAUAUGUCAAAAGAUGCUUCAUGUUGGAAUUUGAUAGAGCUGAUCGAUGACUUAAGAAGGAACUGGUUUGGUUGUUGUCGGUUGGUCUGGCCUGUUGCUUUUUCUUUGUAUGGGGUAGGUUCAGCAGGUCAAAGACAUAUACAAGCUGGGUUUUAUGGGUCUGGUUCUAGCAGAGCUUGUGUUGAUAGAAGAGUACUGGUAAAUUUUCAGAUUAGACUGGUGGGGAUUGGUGGAGGGUUGUUACUUGAGACAAGAAAACCAAUCAUACCAGUUGCGGGGUCUAGUCAAAUGCAGUGCUUCUGUAAUGUGUGCUUAUGCUUUGAAUGCCAGAUGUGCUACAGCACUACAAACCAAAUCUGUUACACACCAGGCUCCAACAAUCACAUGUCUUCCUCGACCAAAAGAAUUGGUAUAUUCAGUGACAGGGAAACAGGGCCUGCUAUGAAUUUCUGUAGAAACAAAGGCUAUUUCCUACCACACUAGUGCUAUCCUCUGAAUUUCUGUAGGCAGUCAAGUUGAAGUUUGAUUUCACAAUUCUAGACUGGCCAAAUGUCUUUUUCAUAGUGUUACAAGGAAAUGCUUUUCUAAUUCCAUUAGAAUGCUUAGAUUAGAAUGCUUUUCUUCUUUUAGUUUUGGCUUGGAUGAUUGGGAAAUGCACUUUUUUUGCAUUUGAAGUUAUUGGAUGGUUUGUAAUGUUCACAUUUGAUAAAUUAC